GAGCUGGAAACUGGAAAGUGGGUAGCGAAACGGUGGACUGCCGGCCUUGGCCCAUUUCGGCGCCCACCACUUCGCGGGAAAGCUAGGAACCAACCCUGAGGGAGGUACCGACGACCUUGUAUCUAUAUAUACAACCAACUCCCUCUCUCUCUCUCUCUCUUGAUUAAGAAUCUAAGGCGACUGCGAUGGCUCUCCGAUCCACCCGCUUGUUGCGGUCACUUGGCAGAUUGGGAUUCCGGCAGCUUUCAGGAGUGUCCGGAGUUGCUGCUGGCGAGGGAGAUCCGGCUCAAUCAGGCGUUGGCCUUGCCACGUUGGCGAAGGCGGCCGUCGGUAUCUUCGCCGUGGGAGGAUCGGGCUUGGGACUUUGGCUUCUCCCUGAUUUGGCGGAUAACCCGUUUGCUAAUUCUUCAGAUCCAAUGUUAACUGGAUGUAGUGAAGCAGCGGCCGCAGAGAAAAAGCCUAGAUUUCUACUUGGAGGUUCAUUUCGAAGAAGGGUGUUCUUUAAAUAUGAAAAACGGUUGAGGCUACAAAGUCCACCUGAGAAGAUUUUUGAGUACUUUGCAUCCAUCCGGAGCCCAGAAGGUGAGGUAUUCAUGUCUCCAGCAGAUUUGAUGAGAGCGGUGGUUCCAGUCUUUCCCUCAUCUGAGUCUAGUAUUGUUAAAGAAGGAUGUCUUAGAGGGGAGCGGGAACCUGGUGCAUUACAUUUUGCUUCAUCCCCACUUUUUCUGCUCUUUGACACUAACAAUGAUGGAUUAAUUUCCUUUCCAGAGUACAUCUUUUUUGUUACAUUGCUCAGCAUCCCAGAUUCAAGCUUCAGUGUGGCUUUCAAAAUGUUUGAUCUUGACAAUAAUGGAGCUAUUGAAAGGGAUGAGUUUAAAAAAGUGAUGGCAUUGAUGCGUUCCUUUAAUAGACAGGGGGCAUGCCAUAGAAAUGGACUGCGUAUUGGUCUUAAAAUUCGAGGCUCUGUGGAAAAUGCAGGCUUAGUCGAGUAUUUCUUUGGUAAGGACGGAAAUGAGCGUCUCCAACAUGACAAGUUCGUUCAAUUCUUGAGGGAUUUACACGAUGAGAUCUUGCGCUUGGAGUUUGACCAUUAUGAUGUCAAAUUAGAGGGAACGAUUUCUGCAAAGGAUUUUGCUUUGUCAAUGGUUGCUUCUGCAGACAUUAAUCAUAUAAACAAGUUUCUUGAUAGAGUUGAUGUGUUGGAUAACAACUUACAUCUAAAGGAUAUGCGUAUUACCUUUGAGGAAUUCAAGGCCUUUGCUGAUUUACGGAAGAGACUAGACCUGUUGUCAUUCGCUAUCUUCAGUUAUGGAAAAGUUAAUGGCUUCUUGGCAAAGGAAGAUUUUGUCAGAGCCGCUUCUCAUGUUUGUGGGGUUUCUUUGAGCGACAAUGUGGUUGAUGUUGUUUUUCAUGUAUUUGAUUCGAACAACGAUGGACAUCUAAGCUCAGAGGAGUUCAUGAGAGUAAUGCAGAAAAGAGAAAUUGAUAUCCGGCAACCUACCUCAACCAGUCUUUUCAGGCAUUCUUUCAUGUUGCCUUGAUCAGAUUAAGGCUAUGUUUGGGACGACUUUUUUACUGCUUUCUAAAGCGGCUUUUUAGUAUAAAAUUUUUAAUUUUUGUACUAAAAAACAACUUUAUGAAGCAGGAAGAAAACCGUCCCAAACGAGCUUAAACCUUCCAUGAUGUUAAAUGGACUAAAGGUGAUGACAGUCUACUUGUCAACUCCAUAUCUUGACAGCAUAAUGGUAGAAGGAAAUAGACCGUUGAGUUUAACAACACAUCGAGGUACAGAAGCCAAAGCACAUUCAUCUUUCUUUACCAGAUAUGCUAUUUGUAGGCAAGAAUACACGGCUCUGAUGUCAAGUGAGAGGUGAAUCAAUGGCACCAAUUGCUGUUGUUAUGCUUCUCCUGUCAUCCAUGUAUAUAAAAUGUUUUUUUUUUUAAUUUCUUUGUGCUACUGGAAAAAUUAUUCUGUGCGGAUUCCAGACGGCGUCCAGAGACUAAUCAGAAUGCGCCAUGUCACUUUUUUGCUCGGUAAUGUUCAGUACUUGGUGACAUGGUGCUUCUCGUUGGUCUUUGAACCGUCUGGUGUCCGCAUAGAAUAAUUUCUAGUGUUGAUGGUAUGUUUCUCCUCUCAUCUAUGUGUAUAAAAUAUUUUCCUAGUUAUGUUAGGUUGUAUAGAAAUCAGGCUUUGUAUCUUAUAUGACUGUUAGGUUUUUGUAGCCGUCCCUGCUCUUGACCUCAUAUUUUGAAGAAAAGUGUGGUUUCUUGCA